AUGUCUGGCUACGGCGGCGGUCGAUCCAACGGCGGCGGCUACGGAGGCGGCGGUGGUGGUUACGGUCGUGAUCGUGGUGAUCGCGGUGAUCGUGGCGGCGACCGCAACGGCUUCGGAGGCGGUGGCUACGGCGGAGGUCGUGGCGGAUUCGGUAACGGUCACGGCGGUGGCUACGGCGGUGGUGGUGGUGGUGGUGGUUAUGGAGGCGGCGGCGGUGACCGAAUGGGCCACCUCGGCGCUGGUCUGCAGAAGCAAGAUUGGGAUCUCUCCACCCUUCCCAAGUUUGAAAAGGACUUUUACAAGGAGGAUCCUGAUGUCAGCGCCCGCUCCCCUGCCGAAGUCGACGAAUUCCGUCGCAAACACCAGAUGACCAUUGCUGGUCGUGAGGUCCCCAAGCCCGUCGAGACAUUCGACGAGGCCGGUUUCCCUCGCUACGUCAUGGACGAAGUCAAGGCUCAGGGCUUCCCUGCCCCUACCGCCAUUCAAUCCCAAGGUUGGCCCAUGGCGCUCUCUGGACGUGACGUCGUUGGUAUUGCCGAGACGGGUUCUGGAAAGACUCUUACCUACUGUCUGCCCGCCAUCGUUCACAUCAACGCACAGCCCCUGCUCGCCCCUGGCGACGGCCCCAUCGUCCUGAUCCUUGCCCCCACUCGUGAGCUUGCCGUCCAGAUCCAGCAGGAAAUCUCCAAGUUUGGUCGCUCGUCGCGCAUCCGCAACACCUGUGUCUAUGGCGGUGUCCCCAAGGGCCCUCAGAUCCGUGACCUCUCCCGAGGUGUCGAGGUCUGCAUUGCCACCCCCGGUCGUCUCAUCGACAUGCUCGAGGCCGGCAAGACCAACCUGCGCCGUGUGACUUACUUGGUCCUCGACGAGGCUGAUCGCAUGCUGGACAUGGGUUUCGAGCCCCAGAUUCGCAAGAUCAUCGAGCAGAUCCGACCUGACCGACAGACUCUCAUGUGGUCUGCCACCUGGCCCAAGGAAGUCCGCGCCCUUGCCUCCGACUUUUUGCAAGACUUUAUCCAGGUCAACAUUGGUUCCAUGGAGCUGGCCGCCAACCACAGAAUCACCCAGGUUGUGGAGGUUGUCACCGAGAUGGAGAAGCGUGACCGCAUGAUCAAGCACCUCGAGAAGGUCAUGGAGAACAAGGAGAACAAAAUCCUCAUCUUUGUUGGCACCAAGCGUAUCGCAGACGAAAUUACCCGGUUCCUCCGCCAGGACGGCUGGCCCGCUCUCUCAAUCCACGGAGACAAGCAGCAAAACGAGCGAGACUGGGUCCUUGACCAGUUCAAGACCGGAAAGAGCCCUAUCAUGGUUGCUACCGACGUGGCGUCCCGUGGUAUCGAUGUUCGCAACAUCACCCAUGUGUUGAACUACGAUUACCCUAACAACUCGGAGGACUACAUCCACCGUAUUGGCCGUACCGGCCGUGCUGGCCAGCACGGAACCGCCAUUACGCUGUUCACCACUGACAACCAGAAGCAGGCCCGUGAUCUUGUCAAUGUCCUCCAGGAGGCCAAGCAGCAGAUCGACCCUCGCCUUGCUGAGAUGGUUCGCUACGGUGGCGGCGGCGGCGGUCGCGGCUACGGCGGUUACCGUGGCCGUGGCGGCGGCAGAGCCAACUCCAACAACCUUCCGCUCGGCAACCGACGAUGGUAA